AUGGGAAACAAUACUACCACAGAUUACCUUUACGAAAAUGAGUAUAAACGCCCUGAUACGAUUGUCAUCAUUAACUGCGUUCUAAAUGUUCCACUCAUCUUUGUAUCCAUACUUGGUAACUUACUGGUAUUGGUCGCCAUAGUUAAGUCACCUUCCCUUCGAUCACCAUCCAUAGUGUUCCUCUGCAACUUGGCUGUGUCUGAUCUUCUGGUUGGAUUUGUAGCACAACCACUCUAUAUCUCUUAUGAGCUAACAAAAGCUAGCUUCGUGUACAAACCAUAUACGACCAUGGCUCUGACAGCAGGUGGCGUUUCUAUCUCAACCAUGACUGCCAUAAGCCUGGACCGAUUCCUCGCUCUCCUCUAUCACAUGAGAUAUCCGUUGUUGAUGACCCUGCAUCGGGCCAUCCUCAUCGCAAUCAGCCUUUGGUUGUUCAAUGGCCUGGUGUCUCUGUUAGGUCUAUGGAACAUGACCGCUUAUUAUUUUGCUAUAGCAGUUAGCAUUCCUAUCUACCUAUUAUUUUCCAUUGUUUCUUACAUGGGGAUUUACCUCAUCAUUUGUCGCCACCGGUUAAAAAUUCGCGCUCAAAGAAAUGCCGUAGCGAAUUCCACACAAGAUUACCAAAGGAAACACAACAUGGAACGAAAAUCGAAAAGCGCCAAAAAUACUUUUAUGUAUUUUGUUGUGAUGGUCGUCUGUUAUCUACCGCUCUUUACUGCCAUGAUCAUUUUGACCUUUUACACAAGCCUCUGGACAAUUGCUUGGAACUUAACUGAUACGAUAGCAUUUGCGAACUCAGCCAUAAACCCUUUUUUAUACUGUUGGCGUGUCCGAGAGCUUCGAACGGCAGUUAUAAAGGUAGCGAAGAGGAUUCUAUGUCGACAGACUGAGGAUAAUUAA